AUGCUGGCCGUUCGAUCCAUCGCUGGCCCCGCGAGGCGCCAGUUCGUCAGUGCAGCUCCCCGCGCCGCGGCGCCGUUCGUCCUCGCCCAGACACAGCGCCAGACCAGGAGGUGGGCGUCGGACGACUCCAGGGUGGCCAAGUACAACGGCGUCAAGGACAGCAAUGGCAACUUCCCCGUGUCCCUGAUCGAGGGUGACGGUAUCGGCCCAGAGAUCUCGCAGGCCGUCAAGGACAUCUUUGCUGCGGCCAAGGCACCCGUGUCGUGGGAGCCCGUCGACGUCACCCCCAUUAUCAAGGACGGGCGCACCGCGAUCCCCGACUCGGCCAUCGAGAGCAUCGAGCGCAACAAGGUCGCCCUCAAGGGGCCCCUGGCCACGCCCGUCGGCAAGGGCCACGUCUCGCUCAACCUGACCCUCCGCCGCACCUUCAACCUGUUCGCCAACCUGCGGCCCUGCCGCUCCGUCGCCGGCUACAAGACCCCCUACGAUGGCGUCGACACCGUCCUGAUCCGCGAGAACACAGAGGGCGAGUACUCGGGCAUUGAGCACACCGUGGUCGACGGCGUCGUGCAGAGCAUCAAGCUCAUCACCCGCGAGGCCUCGGAGCGCGUCCUGCGCUUUGCUUUCCAGCACGCCCAGGAGAUCGGCCGCAACAAGGUGCGCGUCGUGCACAAGGCCACCAUCAUGAAGCUGUCGGACGGCCUGUUCCUGUCGACCGCCCACGACGUGGCCAAGGAGUUCCCGGGCAUCGAGCUCGACUCGGAGCUGCUCGACAACACCUGCCUCAAGAUGACCACCGACCCUCUCCCCUACAACGACAAGGUUCUGGUCAUGCCCAACCUGUACGGUGACAUUCUGUCCGACAUGUGCGCCGGCCUGAUCGGCGGCCUGGGCCUGACCCCCUCCGGCAACAUUGGCGACGAGUGCUCCAUCUUCGAGGCCGUCCACGGCUCUGCCCCCGACAUCGCCGGCAAGGGCCUCGCCAACCCCACCGCCCUCCUCCUGUCCUCCAUGAUGAUGCUGCGCCACAUGGGCCUGGGCGACUACGCCGACCGUAUCGAGAAGGCUGCCUUUGCCACCCUGGCUGAGGGCAAGACCCUGACCGGUGACCUGGGCGGCAAGGCCAAGACGCACGAGUUCGCCGGUGCCAUCAUCGAGAAGCUGUAG